AUGGCAUCUAGCAAGGAUAGCGGCCUCGGCCAGCUUGGUGCCAUGUUUGAGCUGCGCUUCAAGCACAUCUGCACCAUGCACAGCAAGGGCGAGACUGAAGCUGCAGAGACCAAGGCUCUGGAGCUUCUUGCUGAGCCGCGACUUGGACGUCUUCACAAGGCGGGAAUGCACAUGAUACUUGCUACAUCCGAGACCGACUUCCGACCAGGACGCGGAAGUAAGAAAAUUCGGAAUAGAGAGGCGCGGGAGGGGAAAGGCCCUGUUUUAGUUGAGAUCGAGUGA